CGCGCAUCGAAACAGAUCGCGGACGACUGACGCUUCCACACAUUUCAUUGUAUCACAUUUGUUUCGGUUAGUGACCGGUGCCAGGACCUGGUUUUGCGAUUGGUACCUUUGUCGGAACUGCUAAGGGUAGUUGGUUGUAUCUCAAUAGCAGUUACUUCCACACGGGGCACAAUCCCACCUAAUUCCUACGGAAACGGAAACGGAGGCUACAUAUGCGCAAAUAUUCCUGCGCAACAGGAAAAAGAUACAUCAAAGGCUAGGGCACUAGUGGAUGACGGAGACACUGCCACACAAAUACGCUACCUCUGUCGUACAAAUAUGUUUUUUCAUCCAAAAAGGUAAACUUUUCGGGCCGCAAAACAGCGUAAAACCCCAAACUGUCUGCCGGAGCAGUACAGUGAAGAAGUGAGGAAUGCGAAAACGAUGGACUACAACAGAGAAAGAAGGAACGCAAUGCGUUACAACACUGCGAAUGCUACGACACGGCGGUUCCACGGCGAAAAUGCACGGCGAGAUACUUCAACAAAUCAAAACAUGUCAUCGGAAUCCUCAUUCCAACCACGAUCGACUAGAAGACGUCGUCGGUUCCGUCGUCGAAGAAACUGUAAUAACGCAAAUCGAGCAGCGUUUCCGGACACCAGCAGCUCACCUAUUAUGGAAGCUGUUGCAUCGCUUAUAAACGGAACGCAGAACGAGGACAUACAGAUGUGUAUGUCCUUGGCAACUCUUUUUCGCCGACUACCAUCUGAUCGCAAGAUUGCAGUGUACGCAUCCAUACAAACAUACAUCAUCCGUCAACUUCUUGGUGCAGAACACCAUGAUGUUGUUAGUGAUCCAUGCAUCGUAGAUGUAUCUACCCGUAGGGAAGAUUUGAAUAGUGUAGAAGUUAAAAGACCGCCCGAGGAACGAUAAUAUUUAAUAAAACUCUUCUUGUAAUAAUAAAGUAAUUUGAAACAAAUUUAAUUUGUUAGUUUCAAAAUUUGAAACUUGAUUGUAAAAAAAAAAAUCCUUACUAAAUAGCCGAUUGGUUUUUAACAGAUUAAAGCAAUAGAAAUAAAUCAAUGG